UUCGUGUAAUUUCGAAGAAACAUCGAUUCUCUUCUCUUAUAUAAACCCUCUUCGUCUCCUCCUCCUCUCUGCUCGAAACAAGAUCCUUCACUUCUCUCAAACUACGAAAACUAUGGCUUCAAAAUCCGUCGUCGUUUUGCUCUUCCUCGCUCUCAUAGCUUCAUCAGCCAUAGCUCAAGCUCCAGGACCAGCUCCAACAAGAUCUCCUCUUCCAUCUCCUGCUCAACCUCCAAGAACCGCCGCACCAACUCCUUCAAUCACACCAACUCCAACUCCAACACCAUCCGCUACUCCCACGGCGGCUCCAGUUUCUCCUCCGGCUGGUUCACCACUUCCCUCCUCCGCUUCACCACCCGCUCCUCCAACUUCUCUCACUCCUGAUGGUGCACCUGUCGCUGGUCCGACUGGAUCCACUCCCGUCGAUAACAACAACGCCGCCACUCUCGCUGCUGGAUCUUUAGCCGGAUUUGUAUUCGUCGCUUCUUUGUUACUGUAAUUUGGUUAUAUUUUAGAAUCAUCUAUUGAGAUAGUGUUUUUCUAUUUAAGGAUUUUUUUGUUCGUGUUAUUUUUAAUCUUUGGUUUUAUGUUGUAUUAAGAAUUGAGUUAGCGUUUGGACGAUAGAAUUAAAUCAUUAAUCAUAUGUGUUUUUUAUUAUAGUCUUUAGUAAACACUUUCUGGUAUAUCGUUAGUUUAAUCGGUAAAGAUUCUAUACGAAGUUUAAAGAUCGUCGGUUUGUGACGUUUACUACAAAACUAAUAUUAUAUGUUUCGGAUUUGGGAGGAUUACAUGUUUUAGUUCAAAAAAUUUUGGUAUUAAAAAGAAGAAAGAAG